UCCUCAUUCCACAUUCACUCCUUUCUUGUUUUGCUUUCUUUCUCUGCAAAAACACUCUCUCGUUGAUGUGAUUCUCCACUUAUAUUGUCUUACCCAACCAAAAAAAACAAACCCUAAUCAAACUUUAUAAAAAGAGAAAGAUCAAGAACCAUGGUUUUUUCUUCUCUUCCAGCUUAUCUUGAUCCAGCCAACUGGCAACAACAAAUAAAUCAUCAUCAUCAUCAUCUUCAUCAUCCGCAUCCUCAUCCUCAUCAGCAACACGGAGCAAGUACCGGUGUAAACACUCACCUUCUUCCUCCUCCUCCGCCUCCUCCUCCACCUCCACCGCCUCCUCCACCACCAGCUCCUCAUGGAAGUGGCGGUGCUGGUUCAAUCCGGCCAGGUUCAAUGGCGGAUCGAGCUCGUAUGGCUAACAUACCUAUGCCAGAGUUGGCACUAAGAUGUCCAAGAUGUGAUUCGACAAACACUAAGUUUUGUUACUUCAAUAACUACAGUCUUUCACAGCCUAGGCACUUCUGCAAAACCUGUAGGCGCUACUGGACAAGAGGCGGCGCCCUAAGGAAUGUCCCAGUUGGCGGCGGUUGCAGGAGGAACAAGAGAACCAAAGGCGGCGGAAGUAGCUCAAAGUCUCCCGUAAGUAGUGAUCGGCCAACAGGUUCUGGUUCUUCAAGCACUGUCUCUUGUAAUAGUGGAGGCAGUGAUAUACUAGGCCUUGGACCACAGAUUCCACCUCUGAGAUUCAUGGCUCCUCUUCAUCAUCAUCUUAAUGAGUUUGCUGAUAUUGGGUUAAAUUACGGUGCCCUUUCAGCACCCGUUGGAGGUACAGCUGAUCACUUGAAUUUUCAGAUAGGGAGUGCUUUAGCUAGUGCUGGUCUUGGUGGAAGCAGCGGCGGUGGAGGUAGCAGUAGCGGUGGUGGUAUUGUUGGCGGUGGUUCUCUUUUGUCAAUGGGUGGUUUAGAGCAGUGGAGGCUGCAACAAGGACAGCAAUUUCCAUUCUUGGGUGGGUUAGAUUCUUCUUCUUCUGGUGGCGGCGGUGGUGGUGGUGGAGGCGGUGGUGGUGGAAUAUACCACCCCUUUGAGGGUGGAAAUGAACCAUCUGGCUACGGUGGUCAAGUUAGGUCAAAGUUUUCUUCUUCCUUGGCUUCUCAAUUCGCCUCAGUGAAAAUGGAAGACAAUCAAGGGCUUAAUUUGUCAAGGCAAUUCUUGGGUUCAGUGAAUAACCAAGGAAAUGAUCAGUAUUGGAGUGGCAAUGCAUGGACUGAUCUUUCUAAUUUUAGCUCUUCUUCCACUACCAAUCAAUUAUAGACUUUGCUUGUCUGAAGAUUAACCAGAAAACCCUAGAAUGCCAUGCUUCUAUAGUUUUUUUUUUUCAUUUCUUUGUUACUUCUUAUUAGAAUGUAGUUUUAGGUUGCAAUGUUUUAAUUAGAAUGUGAGUGUGUAAGGUGGAAGUAUGGCGAUCAACUCUAUCAUACACAAAUGCUAUUGAAAUGCUUUAUAGUAAUAUGUUUUUUGAGUUGCA